CCGAACAGUCAGUCGCGAAACGUAUACCUCCGUCUUCUUCUUCGCGUUCUUCUUUUACUCUGAAUUCAAAUCAACCAAGGAACUCUGUUGUGCGGCAGAAGGUCCGUUGAUAAGGCCAUAUCUUCGUAUUCACUGGCAAUCGCAACUGUCCAUUCGGUUAUUAUUUUUCUUUUACAAGUUAUAGUAAAGAAGUCAUGGAGGCGGCAAUAGAGGAAUCUCCAAAUCAAGGGCAAAGGCAUGGACAAGAAGCAGGUACUUCUCCUCCGCCACCCGAUUCCGUAUCACCGGUCGGUGGAGAAGGGGAAGAAGAGGAAGUGAAGAACGAAGACGACGAACUGAUAGAGAAGGCACAGAGAUUAAUGGAGAAGAUCACAUCAUCCCCCGAUAACCCUAACCCCACGGUCCUUCACGCUCUCUCCUCCCUUCUCGAGACUCAGGAGUCCCUCUACGUGGAAGAGAAUGGUCAUUCCUCCUUUGAUAAUGGUCGUUCGUCUCAUAACAUUGGUCGACUAGGGAAUUUAGUCCGGGAGAACGAUGAAUUCUUUGAGUUGAUUUCCUCGAAGUUUCUGUCCGAAUCUAGAUAUUAUAUCUUUGUCCAGGCAGCUGCUGCGAGAUUGCUCAUGAGCUGUUCACUUACAGGGAUUUAUCCCCAUGUUUUUGAAGAACCUGUUUUGGAAAACAUAAAACGUUGGGUGAUGGAUGAGAGUACCAGAUUUUCUGGUGAAGAACACAACUGGAAGCGAGGCUCAGGGGGAAAGGAGGCUUCAGAUUCUCAGAUGUUGAAAACCUAUUCUACUGGACUCCUGGCUUUAUGUUUGGCAGGUGGUGGUCAAGUAGUGGAAGAUGUGUUAACAUCUGGAUUGUCUUCAAAGCUUAUGCGAUAUCUACGGGUACGUGUCUUGGGGGAGAGUGCAAGUCAAAAAGAUGGAAGUUAUUUAACAGAGAGCAAGAAUGCAACUGGUGCUAUUGGUGUAAGAGGCAAAGAUGAAGGUCGAGGUAGGCUGCGACAGAUUCUGGAAGUAGCUCAUAUAGAUGGGCCAAGGAUAGUCGGUGAGAGAUGUUUAGAUGAUCAGAAUGGUGAAAGAGAUCAUGAUAAAAGCACUACUAGGCGUGCAGACGGAGAAGAGUGUUGGAUUGAUGAGGGAAAACCACCUGAUGGGCUGGCUGAAGAGGUUGAUAUAUAUGAGGUUGGUGCUGAUGGUGAGGACCGAGGGCAUGCUCGAGACAUGGGAGAUGAGAAGACAAAACUUGGAGAUACUGAUGAAAGUGGGAGAGAGGACUCAUCAAGGCGCCGGGCGAACCGUGGAUGGGCAAGAUCGAGAGUGAAAGUAAGGGUUAAUGAAGGGGCAGUAGCGAGUGAACAGGCUUUAACCUCUCCCGGAUCUAACAUUCGGUUAGGGCAAGGACGUGCAAGAGAUAGGAAUUUGACAAGAUGUUUAGAUGUAAAAAAAGUACCUGAUGGAAGAAAAUGUUCUGUAAGGAUCAAUGCAGAUGGUUUUGAAAGAGAGGAUAAUGAUGAUUGCUUCAAGGAAUGCAAAGUUGGAACCAAGGAUAUCUCCGAUCUGGUCAAAAAAGCUGUUAUUGCUGCUGAGGCUGAAGCUAGAGCAGCGAAUGCACCUGGAGCAGCCAUUAAAGCUGCUGGUGAUGCUGCCGCUGAAGUUGUCAAGAGUGCAGCUUUAGAGGAAUAUAAAUCUUUUAAUGACGAGGAUGCUGCAGUUCUUGCCGCUUCCAGAGCUGCGUCUACAGUUAUUGAUGCUGCCAAUGCCUUUGAAGUUUCAAGGAACUCCAGCAGCACUAAUGCUGAUUCAGCGAAUCAUGGCAACUCAAGAAUAGAAAUAGAUGAGGAUGUUGAAGAAUAUUUCAUCCCAGAUGUUGUGUCCCUUGCACAGUUGAGAGAAAAAUACUGCAUUCAGUGCCUGGAGACAUUAGGAGAGUAUGUUGAGGUUCUGGGGCCUGUAUUACAUGAAAAGGGAGUGGAUGUCUGCCUUGCACUAUUGCAACGGAGCUCCAAACAAAAAGGAGCAUCUGAAAUAGCAAUGCUCUUGCCUGAUGUGAUGAAGCUUAUCUGUGCUUUGGCUGCUCACCGAAAAUUUGCAGCAUUGUUUGUGGAUCGCGGUGGAAUGCUGAAAUUACUUGCUGCCCCAAGAAAUGAACAGACCUUAUUUGGUCUGUCUUCUUGCUUAUUUGCCAUAGGUUCUCUUCAGGGUAUAAUGGAACGUGUAUGUGCACUUCCUUCAGAUGUUGUUCAUCAAGUUGUUGAAUUAGCUGUCCAGCUUCUGGAGUGCCCUCAGGAUCAAGCAAGGAAAAACGCAGCCUUAUUUUUCACCGCUGCAUUUGUCUUCAGAGCAGUUAUUGAUGCUUUUGAUGCGCAGGAUGGUUUACAGAAAUUACUGGGCCUUUUAAAUGACGCAGCAUCAGUAAGAUCUGGGGUUAAUUCUGGGACAUUAGGCCUGUCUGGUUCAGCCUCACAUCGAAAUGAUCGUUCUCCAGCAGAAGGACUGACUUCAUCGGAGAAGCAGAUUGCUUAUCAUACCUGUGUUGCUUUGCGGCAAUAUUUCAGAGCACUCCUUCUUUUGCUUGUGGAUUCCAUUCGUCCAAAUAAAAGUAAUCGGGGUGUUGGCAGGAAUAUUUCAAGUGUAAGGUCUGCCUACAAGCCACUGGACAUCAGUAAUGAGGCUAUAGAUGCAGUAUUUUUGCAGUUGCAGAAAGAUCGGAAGCUGGGUCUUGCAUUUGUUAAAACUCGCUGGCCUGCCGUUGAGAAGUUCUUGGGCUGUAAUGGACAUAUUACGAUGUUGGAACUGUGUCAGGUGCCCCCUGUUGAGCGUUAUUCACGGGACUUGGUGCAAUAUGUGUUGAGCGUUCUACACAUCGUUACGUUAGUCCCAAACAGCCGUAAGAUGAUUGUAAAUGCGACAUUAAGUAAUAAUCGUGCUGGUAUAGCAGUCAUUUUGGAUGCAGCUAAUAUUGCUAGUAGUUAUGUGUUCCCGGAGAUCAUACAGCCAGCACUAAAUGUGCUAGUCAAUCUUGUUUGUCCACCACCUUCAAUUAGCAACAAACCACCUCUCGUUACACAAGGUCAGCAGCCAGUUUGCAUGCAUUCGUCAAAUGGAUCUGUUAUGGAGACUAGAGAUAGACACACCGAACGCAAUAACUCAGAUCGAGCUGUUCACUUGCCUGGCCAGGGUGACGUAAGGGAUCGUAAUGGGGAAUCUAGUGCAUUAGAUAGAGGUAGUGCGGCAAUAUCGGGAUCACAGAAUAGUGGUAAUCCUACACAAAUCCUUGUAUCCACAGCAACUUCAGGCUUGGUUGGGGAUCGUAGAAUAUCUUUAGGUGCUGGAGCAGGUUCUGCUGGUCUUGCUGCACAACUGGAGCAAGGUUAUCGUCAAGCAAGAGAUGAUGUUCGUGCGAACAAUGGGAUAAAGGUUCUUCUGCAUCUCCUCCAGCCUCGUAUUUAUUCACCUCCUGCAGCUCUUGACUGUAUUCGUGCCCUUGCAUGCCGUGUGCUGCUCGGUUUAGCCAGGGAUGAGACAAUUGCACAUAUAUUGACCAAGCUUCAGGUUGGGAAAAAGCUGUCGGAACUAAUUCGGGAUUCGGGUAGCCAGACACCUGGAACUGAGCAAGGCAGAUGGCAAGCUGAGCUUGCUCAGGUGGCAAUUGAGCUUAUUGGGAUAGUUACAAAUUCAGGGCGGGCAACCACAUUGGCAGCUACUGAUGCUGCUACCCCAACGUUAAGGCGCAUAGAAAGAGCAGCUAUAGCUGCCGCGACUCCUAUUACUUACCACUCGAGGGAACUAUUACAGCUUAUACACGAACAUUUACAAGCAUCUGGUUUGGCUGCCUCUGCAGCUACACUACUGAAAGAGGCUCAGGUGACACCCUUACCAUCUUUGGCGGGCCCAUUAUCUCUCAUGCACCCGGUAUCUGUCGAAGAAACUCCAAUACAACUUCAGUGGCCCAUUGGUCGCAUCCCUUAUGGAUUCAUGUCUGAAAAGGCAAAAGAUACUCCAGCUGAUGAGGAUUCCAGUUUGAAAUGUGAUUUGACCUUGUCUUCAAAGAGGAAAUCUUUGGUAUUUUCACCAUCAUUAAGUUUUCAGUCGAGAAAUCAGUCCCAAUCCCUUGAUUCUCAUCAAUCAUCGGCCAAGAAAGUCUUCAGCAGUUCGAAACAGUCAUGUGCACCUCUAUGUGUAUCAGAAACUCCAUCAGAAUACAUGCCGAGGACUAAUCUCGAUAAUGAAUCUCAAUGUAAAACUCCAAUUGUAUUACCCAUGAAGCGGAAGUUAUCUGAUUUGAAGGAUAUAGGAUUGGUGCCUGGGAAGCAACUGAACACUGGUGAGCCCAGACUUCGGUCUCCAGCUUGUUUGACACCUAAUACCAUACGCAAAGGCUCUCUACUAAGUGAUGCUGUUGGGUUUUGUACACCAAAUUCCAAUAUAAGAGAUCUGCAAGGUCGGUCAAUACCGAGCAGUUUGGUAGAUCAUGUUGAUGAUAGCCAAUAUUCUAACUCCCAAGUGGGUCAAGCCACACCUCCAUCCCAAUUUGGGCUUGUAAAUGAUCCCCAUCCCAGCAACUCAGAGCGGCUAACUCUAGACUCUCUCGUUGUUCAGUAUUUGAAGCACCAACAUCGCCAGUGCCCGGCUCCCAUUACCACUCUUCCAUCACUCUCUCUAUUGCACCCACAUGUUUGUCCUGAAUCAAAACGAAGCCUUGAUGCCCCAUCAAAUGUGACAGCACGGCUUGGCACACGUGAGUUUAGGAGUAUAUAUGGUGGCGUCCAUGGAAACCGCCGGGACCGUCAAUUUGUCUACAGCAGAUUCAGGCCAUGGCGGACUUGUCGGGAUGAUGCUGGCAGCCGUUUGACAUGCGUUACGUUUCUUAGGGAUACCUCUCAAAUUGCUGUUGGAAGCCACUCUCAAGAGCUUAAAAUUUUUGACUCCAACAGCAAUAGUGUCUUAGAGAGCUGCAUAAGCCACCAGUCUCCCAUGACACUGGUUCAGUCUCAUCUUUCCAGUGAGACGCCGCUGCUUCUCUCCUCAAGCUCCCAGGAUGUGCGUUUGUGGGAUGCCUCAUCAGUCUCAGGCGGGCCCAUGCAUUCAUUUGAAGGUUGCAAAGCUGCACAGUUUAGCAAUUCUGGCAAUAUUUUUGCUGCUUUAUCCUCUGAGCCUGGUAGACGAGAAAUUCUGCUUUACAAUGUGCAAACAUGCCAGAUGGAAUCACAACUGUCAGAUACAACUACUAGUUCUACAGGUCGAGGGCAUCUAUAUUCCCUUAUCCACUUUAGCCCUUCAGACUCCAUGCUGCUUUGGAAUGGAUUUUUAUGGGAUCCACGAGUUUCUGGCCCCGUUCACCGGUUUGAUCAAUUUACAGAUUAUGGAGGUGGUGGUUUUCAUCCUGCUGGAAAUGAGGUAAUCAUAAACUCUGAAGUUUGGGAUCUCCGAAAAUUCAGGCUGCUCAGGAGUGUACCUUCUUUGGAUCAAACAACAAUUACAUUUAAUGCGCAAGGCGAUGUAAUUUAUGCGAUCUUGAGAAGAAACGUUGAGGAUGUGAUGUCAGCAUUUCACACCCGUCGUUGCAAGCACCCUUUGUUUGCUGCUUUUCGCACAUUGGAUGCCAUCAACUACUCGGACAUUGCCACUAUUCCGGUUGACCGUUGUGUCCUUGAUUUUGCAACAGAGCCAACUGAUUCUUUUGUUGGUUUGAUUACAAUGGAUGACCAAGAGCAGGUAUACUCCUCAGCACGCGUCUAUGAAAUUGGUCGUCGAAGGCCUACCGAUGAUGACUCUGAUCCUGAUGAUGCUGAGAGUGAGGAAGAAGAGGAUGAAGACGAUGAUGAUGUGGAUCCUAUACUCGGUCCUGACCUUGAUGAGGACGGUGAGAGUGAUCUAGAUGAUAUGAGCGAUGAAGAUGAUGAUGAUAGUGUGAGUGAGCUUGACGGUGACGAUGAUGAUGGAGAAUUUAUCAUGGAUGAUGUAGACUUAGAUGGUGGAGCUGGGAUAUUGGACAUUGUGACCGAGGGUGAUGAGGAUGAGAAUGAUAGUCAGGUGGUUGAAUCUUUUAGCAGCGACGAUGAGGAUUAUGCAGGAAAUGUUUAUGGCUUCUAAUUUUUCAUAAAUUGUCCAAAUGAUGGGACUGGUAUAUGGUUAUCCCAUAUUGAUGUAGUUAUUGUUUUAAGGGCUUUUUGCCAUCUGUGAUCCGUUUGGACUCUUGUUAUUUCUGUCAGUGAAUAGGCAUUUCAUUUUUCUUUUA